AUGGGAAGACUCACUAACGAUACUGACGGCGAUGUCUGGCUCAGUGACGAUGCCGAAGAAACGUUUGAGAGCGUACCAACUGUACGAACUUCUGCGGAAUAUGAUGCUUCAUCAGCCCUCACCCAAAAAACUACUCCUAAGUCAAAAAUAUUAAAGGAAUCGAAACACGUACCGGUAUCAAAUUCAAGCAGAAAGCCAAAUUCGCGUGGCAAAAGUCAUAGAAAUCAUGCGCGCAAUGGUAGCAACACGGUACAACGAAGACCUAACCCGCCUGCAUCAGGAGAAGAGGUGCUUGUUAGGACAAAGGCUCCUCCUGGAGCCACACAAACAAAAAAAGAAAACGACGAUAAAUCAAUAUCUGAAAAUAUUAUUGGAAGCUCAUCUUAUCUUCAAGAAUGCUCUAAAUCUUAUAGGGAAAUACCAGAUCCGACUAAGCCCCAAGCUGACGGAAGGGUUCACGGAGGACUUAUUAGACUGCCGAAGAAUAUAAGUCUCUCUGUAGAUCAUCCUAAACUAUCUCCUAAUGUGCAUGUUCCUAAGACCCAAGGAGAUAAGCCGGUUGUGGUUGUCAGACCUAGCGUGGUAUCACAAUCAUCUUCAGACAAGUUCAUGAAUCAACCCUCGAUAUCUAGACGCAGCCGGACAUCUGGUAGCUCAAGUAUACCAUGCACGUCAUCUAUGAUUACUUCACAUCCAAGUCAAGGCGUACAAGCACCAUGGCCCUCAUUCUUAUCUGGUACUAACAAUCCAAUAAAAUUGCCAUCUGGUAUGAAUAUUGAGGCUCUAAACAACUCUGAUACCUUUCUUAUGUUCUACAAUUACUUCCAACAGCAUGCUAUGCAUGGGACAACAGAUCAAGGAUAUGUUCCUAAUCCGCAAACGCUGCUCUCUAACUCAGUCUUAACAAAUCCCUCUGCAGCUAUGACUCACACCAUAGAUACUGCGAUUUCCAAG